UUUGUGUGUGUGUGUGUGUGAGAGAGAGUGUGUGUGUGUGUGUGUGUGUGUCAGUAACUGAACUGGUUUUGAUCGGACUGUCUGAAGUGAUGAUGAAGUCGGUGUUGCAGCAGCAGGCGCACUCGUCUACAGGGGAUUCCUUCCUGGAGCAUCUGUGUUUAUUGGAUAUUGAUCAGGAACCAAUUGUAGCACGGAACACUGGCAUCAUCUGCACCAUUGGUCCAGCGUCUCGUUCUGUACCGAAGCUGCAGGAGAUGCUGAAUGCUGGAAUGAACAUCGCUCGCCUGAACUUCUCCCACGGAUCCCACGAGUACCACAGAGAAUCGAUCAGGAAUAUUCGGAAAGCCGUGGAGUCGUUGACCUCUGACCCCUUGCUGUAUCGAUCUGUCGGUAUCGCCUUGGAUACCAAAGGUCCUGAAAUCCGAACUGGUCUGGUGCGCGGGAACGCUGAUGAUGAGGUGAGGUUGGAGCGAGGCUCGAUGGUGAGGGUGGUGACGUCAGAAAAGGAGCGCAGCGUUACAGACAGCUCCAGAAUUUGGGUGGAUUAUCCGGAUCUGUGCCAUGUGGUGGAGACGGGCGGCACCAUCUACAUCGACGAUGGACUGAUCGCCCUCACCGUGCUAAAGAUAGGUGAUGGUUGGGUGGAGACCCAGGUGGAGAGUGGAGGCAUUCUGGGUAGCCAUAAAGGUGUGAACCUGCCGGGGGCGGAGCUCGUGAACCUCCCGGCGGUGAGCGAUCAGGACCGAGCGGAUCUACAGUUCGGGGUGAGCGAAGGCGUGGACGUCAUCUUCGCUUCCUUCAUCCGAUCAGCCGAGGACGUGAAGGCCAUCCGGGGGGCUUUAGGACCCAACGGUGCCAACAUCAAAGUCAUCAGCAAGGUGGAGAGCAGACAGGGGGUCCAGAAUUUUGAUGAGAUCCUGGGGGUCAGUGAUGGUGUGAUGGUCGCUCGAGGUGAUUUAGGAAUCGAGAUUCCAGCAGAAAAAGUUUUUAUUGCUCAGAAGAUGAUGAUCGGGCGCUGUAACGCCGCCGGCAAACCCGUCAUCUGUGCUACACAGAUGUUGGAGAGUAUGGUCAGUAACGCUCGGCCGACCCGCGCUGAGGGCAGUGAUGUAGCGAAUGCUGUUCUGGACGGAGCCGACUGUGUUAUGCUGUCUGCAGAAACAGCUAAAGGGCGCUACCCGGUGGAGGCAGUGACAAUGAUGCACUCGAUCUGCAGGGAGGCGGAGGCGGCGCUCUUCCAUCAGCAGCUGUUUGAAGAUUUAAGGCAUCUCACCCCCCUCAGUUCAGACCCCACAGAGGUUACUGCCAUCGGGGCCGUCGAGUCGUCCUUUAAAUGCAACGCAGGGGCCAUCAUUGUCCUCACCACCACGGGGAGGUCUGCUCACAUGCUCUCUCGGUACCGCCCCCGCUGUCCCAUCAUCUCUGUGACCAGAAACGCUCAGGUGAGCCGUCAGUCCCAGCUGCUCCGGGGCGUGUACCCCGCCCUCUUCCGGGCCCCGCGCGCCGCCGUGUGGGCGGAUGACGUCGACAACCGGGUGGAUUUUGCCAUGGCUAUAGGUAAGAUACGAGGCUUUUUUAAAUCCGGUGACAUGGUGAUCGUGGUGACCGGGUGGAGUCCUGGAUCCGGACACACCAACAUCAUGAGAGCAGUGCCGGUCCUGUAAAUCCUCUAAUCUGAUUGGACGUGAAGUCUGAUCUCUGUUUUCUGAUUGGACCUCUGAAUUCAUACAGUUCAUAUGGAUUCAAUAAUGUUAUGGACUGUAGAGGGUAAAAUCUCUAAAUCCCUCCUUCACUGAUACCAGGGCUGGACUGGGAACAAAAUUCAGCCCUGGACUUUUUUCUUGACCAGCCCACUACAAGCACAUUGCGCCACACAUAUCACCCCCUAAUCAAAUGUUAGAUGAUUGAUAUUAAUAGUUUUCAUCUAUCUUACCACUAAAGUUAAUAACUCACUAUAAUAAAAAUUAAACUAAUAAAAAAAUAACUA